CCGGCGCCGGCCUCCCUGUCGGGGGUGACGCCGCAGCGGACUGCCCUUCCCCAAGAUGGCGUCGAAGAUGGGUUCGCGACGGUGGAUGCUGCAGCUGAUCAUGCAGCUGGGUUCGGUGUUGCUCACACGCUGCCCCUUCUGGGGCUGCUUCAGCCAGCUCAUGCUGUACGCUGAGAGGGCCGAGGCGCGCCGGAAGCCCGACAUCCCAGUGCCCUACUUGUACUUCGACUUGGGGGCGGCCGUGCUGUGCGCCAGCUUCAUGUCUUUUGGAGUGAAGCGGCGCUGGUUCGCGUUGGGGGCCGCCCUUCAGCUGGCCAUUAGCACCUACGCCGCCUACAUCGGGGGCUACGUCCACUACGGGGACUGGCUGAAGGUCCGUAUGUACUCACGCACAGUUGCUAUCAUCGGCGGCUUUCUGGUGCUGGCCAGCGGUGCUGGGGAGCUCUACCGCCGGAAACCCCGCAGCCGCUCCCUCCAGUCCACCGGCCAGGUGUUCCUGGGCAUCUACCUCAUCUGCGUGGCCUACUCACUGCAGCACAGCAAGGAGGACCGGCUGGCCUAUCUGAACCAUCUCCCGGGAGGGGAGCUCAUGAUCCAGCUGUUCUUCGUGCUGUAUGGCGUCCUGGCCCUGGCCUUCCUGUCAGGCUACUACGUGACCCUGGCUGCCCAGAUCCUGGCCAUACUGCUGCCCCCAGUCAUGCUGCUCAUUGAUGGCAAUGUUGCCUACUGGCACAACACACGGCGCGUUGAGUUCUGGAACCAGAUGAAGCUCCUUGGAGAGAGUGUGGGCAUCUUCGGGGCUGCCGUCAUCCUGGCCACUGAUGGCUGAGUGGCACGGCAAGAGGCCGAGAUGGGCACAGGGAGCCACCGAGGGCCACCCUGCCUUCCUCCUUGCUGGCCCAGUUGUUUCUUUAUGCUUUCUGCUCUGUUGGUUUGGUUCUUUGCUGUGUGUGUAUAUGUGUUGGUAAGAGGCAGGUCUCUUCCCCGGUGCCUGGGCUCGGCCCUUGCGGGGUGGGAGCCCUGAUGAUGAUGCCUUACAGGGGUUUUUCCUGUUCGUUAGUAGGAGACCUGAGGCCAACUGCUCCCUGGGUCUCCUGUCUCAGAGAAGGGAGUAAGGCAGGGCUCGGGUGGGGGUACUGAGAGUGGGAGACAGAGAAAGGAAGACCAGGAACCGGAAGUGAGCAAAUGUGAAAGAUUCCUUUUUGAGCCUGGCAAGUGCAGCUAGGCUCUAUAGUGUUUUUUGGAGACUGAGAGUGAGUAUGUGUGUUGAUGCCGGGAUUGGGCCAGGAGGAGCCGAGAGGCCGGGCACCGCAGAAGUCACGUGAGUUCUCAGGGUAUCCCGGGGGCAGAAGCAGCACUAGCUGUCGCCCCACCUUGAAAGCAGAGCAGGCCCCAGUCUGGGGUGUGCAGGGGUAGGGUAGGCAGUGGCCAGCGUCCCGUCUCCUGCCUUCUGUUUCCGGCUCUAUGUUGGCCUGGUUGGGGUGAGUGCCCUCCCAAACACCAGACCACACAGUCCUCCAAAAAUAAACAUUUUAUAUAGAC